AUGCGUAAGCAACUACUUCUCAUAUGUGCAUUCUAUACUCAUAUUGCUUUUAGUUUAAAUAAAGAAGUUGAAGAAACUGAACCAACAUUAUUUACCACUCAAGUAUUAAGUUGGAAUGAAGAUAGAAAUCAACGAACAAAAUUAGAGACAGCCAAAAGAAAUGAAGUAUUUCAAAAUCAACAAUUAAUAAUGGAUCACAAUCAACAAGCAAAUCAAGCAGUUGCAGAACCAGAGUUUUUAGCCCAAGGUUCCACUUUUGGUAAAAAAGGUGGAUUUAAAGGAGAUAAAAGUGCUAAAGGACCCAAAUGGCAUCUUGGUGCUGGAAUGUAUAUGAAUAAAGAUGUGAAUAAAGGUGCUACUGUUAAAGAAACUACUUUUAUCCCAGUAAAACCAAUUAAACAACCAACAGUAGUUAAGGAAGAAAAGCAAACUGAAGAUUAUUCUAGUUCAGGUUCAUCUUCAGAUGAUGAUGAAGAGGAUCUUAAAAAAAAAUUAUUGAAAAGAAAGAAGAAAAAAUUUAGUUUAUUUAGUGUUAAUGAUUUGGUUGAUUCAGUUAAUGUUGACAAACUUGAUGAUUAUGGUGUAGAAGAAAGUGACGAGGAAAUUCAAGAAUUUCAAUUUGGAGAUGAUAUUUUGAGUAAAUUAGUGGUUAAAGUGGUUGAUAAUUCUACAAACAUUACUACGUUCAAAUAUACUGAUACUGUGCUCGAAAAUGAUGAUGCUAGUUUUGUAAAUGAGAAUGCAGACCUAGCGUCAAAAGCUGUUAACUUGAGUACUGAUCUAUUGCUAAUGGUUUGGUUACUCAUUGCUAUAAUCUAA